AUGCUGUAUCCCCCAGAAGUUCUAAACUACUCUAUUCGGUCUGUCGGAAUGGGUCUCUACACGUUCCUUACCAAUGGAUUUGGCCUGAUGGUGACGAUGGCGUUUCCGUACGCGCUCGACUCGAUUGGAUGGAAGACAUACAUGAUCAAUGGCGCGUGGGAUGUGCUUCAGGUCGUCUUCCUUGCCAUCUACUGGGUCGAGACCAAGGGUAAGACUCUGGAAGAAAUUGACGAGAUCUUUGACGGCCCAUCUGCCGCAAAUGCUAUUCAUGUCAAGGAUGUCAUUGAAGGUCGGGACCCUGGUCUGGCUCUUAAGGGAGGAGCCAUCGUGGUUACAAAGGAUGGCGCCAAGAACUCAGCUGCCGCGGAAGAGGCAUGA